AUGUGCGCCAUUGUGGGAUAUGGCAUUAAGAGGGCGCUCAUAUCAGUAGACUUGUCAUCUAAUGUGUUCAAAAUGAUAAGCAUAGAUGAGCGAUACACUAAGCGAGUUGAUCGAUGGUUUAACGACACCACGUGGUUUACGUGCGGCCGAACCACCCGCCUCCCUCAUCCCGCUCAAUGUAGAGCCAUGAAGUUCCGAGUUAGCGCAUUUGGGAGACGCAUUCUGGCGUCGCCUAAUAUAGAGCAUAUACUGGACUUGUUGCCUGAUCUGACGAUCUCCUUGGAUGGCACAAAUACGUACUUGGCAUUGCUUGAUUGGAACAGACUUUGUAACAACGACUGCAUGGCCAAAAGCCAUGAGCAGCCAUGGCAAAGGGUCCAGUCAAACCGGAUCAAAAUUUCCUUAUCCAAAUACUAUGUCGACGAAUUGGGCAUGUCAGUCAGAGAGGGGUAUUUGGCUAUCUAUCAUACGAAUCAGAAGGCUCUGCUCCGUCCCGUUCUUCACACGAUCACUUCCUCUUGUUAUCAUCCCCGUCGUCGCAGCUUUGUCAAGCAAACCGACUCCUUCACUUUGGAGGCACAUUUUAUAAGUCCACAGGCCCUAGUCAUGGCACUCGCAGAGGUAGGGGUGGCUACAGCUGCAGUCGCCCCUGUUGCGCCCGUUGCAGCUGCAAUCACAUUCCCCGUUGCGGCUUUGGCCGUAGGUGCUGGCGCCGUGGCGGUCCGAAUGGGACUGUUCAAUACCUCAGACACCCCUCCGAGAAUGCCCAAGACUCCCAAGAAGAUGCUGAAAAGACUGCUCAAAGUCUAUGGCAAGAAGAAUCACAAGAAGCUGAAGAAAAGAACGCGUUACGAUACGAACAAUAGAAAUACAGCAAGUAAGGACAUCAGGGAUAUGUUUGAAUUCCAGGGCUGCAAAACGCAUACAAAACUGCUUCGGGGUGUGUUUGAUAUUGAGAAUCCACCGGAUUACGAAGCCUGGGUUACUUCAGAUAUCUUGAAUUACAAGAUGCUUGGGCUUGUUUCCUUGCGAAAACGGCUUGUAGUACAGUUGAAGGAUGGAUUUCGCCUCAAUUCUUUCAGUCUGCUACAACGAAAGACUGAUUUCUUCGAAGGGCGCCCACUAAUUAUGCCGUUCCUGUCAACAGCACAGGAAGCGCCCGUCUCGACUCUCGGUUGA